AUGGCAACCUUCCUCUUCGACUCGUCGAUUGUCGACCAGGAGGAGCUACCAUUAUACCGUCAAUUCUUGGAUGAUGCCGUGAAUUCGCCAUUCGACCACCAGACUUUGUUGUCGAAGAUUCCUCGACCGACACAACCAUCAUAUGGACCCCUAGCAACAUUAUCAGCACUUAUUGAUACCAAGUCAGGCCCAUGGCCAGUAACUGGUAUACAACGAGCACACACAGCUCUGUGGAAACUCCUACCGGAAGAAGCAAAAGCUGGCCAUGGACCUCCAGCAAUCCGAGCAUUGCUAGAACACGUCUCCCAGCAAUGCAAAUCAACGUACUCGAGUCUGCUCGACUUAUACCAUCCUGGAUCGACAGCAGCUGCGAUUCUCGACCCGGACACAGGCCGAUCGAUUCAGCAUAAUGAUCUGGCUUCCACGAUCAGUACCUUUAGAUUACCCAUAGCACACUCACCAGGCGGACCGAAGCCCGUGAUCGCGAUAUCUCUCCCCAAUGGACCACUACUAGCGAUGACAGUACUAGCUACAGCCACCUAUUACACAGCCGCCCCCGUAGCACACGGGAGUGGCGUGGGAGCGGAGCAAUUCAAAGCAGAUGUGCUUCAGUCGAAAAGCAAUGCAGUACUUGCGACAUCCGCCGACGUCGCGCGACUUGGUCUUCGGGACUCAUGGCUUGCCGAUGCAGGCAUUUUAGUCUUACUCGUCGAUCUAGAUCAGGAUAUGAGGCUUCGUAUCGCAGAUUUAGAUGGCCGCGACAUCAUCCAGGAGCAUACAUCCCUUCCACCGGUCCGCAACACUGCUGAUGAUACGGGUAUUAUGCUCUUCACGAGUGGAACUAGCGGGACGAAGAAAUUGGUGCCUUUGAGCAUCCACUCCAUGGUAUGCGGUGUCGCCAUGGUCGAGCAAUCAUGGGGGCUAUCUCCCACGAUGCGAUGUCUCAAUCAGAUGCCUCUGAACCACGUCGGUGGCCUGAUUCGGAAUCUUUUUGCGCCGGUCUUCUCGGGAGGUUCCGUAAUUUGCUGCAGUGCUUUCGAUCCGGGACUCUUCUGGGAUUGUGUCGAAGACUUUAGCCCAACGUGGUAUUAUGCUUCGCCUACGAUGCACCAGAUGAUCCUCGAAGCUGGGCGUGAAAGGCCAGAGAGUGUAGCCAAGAGUCAGAUCAGACUCAUCUGCAAUGCCGCUGGCGGGCUUCUGCCGAGUCUAGCCCUUCAACUUCGGGGCACUUUCUCUACCAGCACUGUCAACUGUAUUGUUUUGCCUAGCUACGGUAUGACGGAGUGUAUGCCCAUCUCCACGCCACCUCUGGACUACCAGCUCGAUCGGACUGGUACGUCAGGAGUCACAGUCGGACCAGAGAUCUGCAUUCUGAAUGGUAGAGACACGCCAGAAGCGACUGGAGAGGUCGGACGGAUCUGCGUUCGGGGAUCACCUGUGUUUGGUGGCUAUCUCAAGGGAGACAAUGUUAUCGACAAGACUUGUUUCAACGCCAACGGCUGGUUCGACACUGGCGAUAUGGGAUAUCUUGAUAGCGACGGAUACCUUUUCAUCACAGGCCGUAGUAAGGAGGUCAUCAAUCGUGGAGGUGAACUGAUAUCUCCCUUCGAGGUGGAAGAGGCUGUGGUGGGUGCUGCCAGUAAGCCAGGGUCCCCAACAUAUGGACGAAUCACCAAGGCUCUCGCUUUCUCGGUCAACCACGAUGUUCUGCAAGAAGUCGUCGGCAUUGCCGUGGCUACGACCGAAGGUGCUCUUCGACCAUGCCUACGCACCAUACAGGAAUCAGUCAAGAACGUCCUGGGACAGGUGAAGGUCCCCGUUGCUGUUGUUUAUAUGGACGGUGGUGUGCCGACGAACAACAACAAAGUACUUCGCAUUAAGCUUGCUGAUCGUCUUGGUCUACCGACAAUUUCCGACAGCACGGCACCAGCAGGUCGACACUUUGAAGCAGUCUGUCCACCACCGAAUACUGCUCUGAGCGUCUCUAUCGCAUGCCGGCCGCUUGCAGUCUCGCAUGACAAGCUGGCAAAUGCUUGCAAGAUCGAGGUGCCAGCCAGCUUCGAGUAUUGGAUCAAGCAUUCUGACUUCUAUGCCGAACUUGUUCUGGCACCCAAGGCAGCAGGCGAGAACGGGGCGGUGAACAAGGACUCACUCACCAACAGCAUCGCUGCGCGCGUCGAUGGCUACAGCAUUCCAGUCAAGAUCCAUCAGCUCGAGGAGCCUUUCUUUCGCGAUACUCGGGGCAACAUAGACGAGGCAGCCGUCGCUGCGAAGUUGACCAGACCAAGACCAACUGUCGCGGCAUCAGCACCAGCAGCACCAUCGAUGUCAACAGAGGAUACAGUCAGCCGCAUCUUUGCGCAGGUGCUAUCACUAUCCAUCGAGGAAGUCUCAAGUUCAUCAGACUUCUUCGAGCUCGGUGGCGACUCCAUGGGUGCAGGUCGACUCCUUACCAUGUUGCGCAAGGAAUACCCUCUCCGCCUGCCAAUCAACACCCUUUUCACGAAUCCCAAGGUGUCCCAACUUGCACGGAUCAUCGAUGAGAAGAUGCCGAAGAACGCGGUCCCAAAAGAAGAAAACAUCGUUACUCGAGAGCCAGAACAUCUGCCAGGUUGUGAAGAGACCUACAGCUCUAGCAACGUUGCGCUAAUGCUGCUCCAACUCGUCCCUAUGGGAAUAUUCUAUCCCAUGAAGCGGGCCCUGACAUGGACCAUCUUCAUGUACAUGCUUACCGAGACCAGCCACUGGAUCACCAGCAAAUAUCUUCCAGGUCGUCUUUUCGGCUUGGUACUUUCCAUCACAAUCGGCAGCAUAAUCACUCGAAUCAUAGCACCUCUGGUCGCUAUCUGUUUCAAAUGGCUGGUCAUCGGCAAGUACAGGCAAGGUCUCUAUCCAAUGUGGGGAUCGUAUCAUACUCGAUGGUGGUUGGUUCAAAAGACCACGGCGGUGGCGGGUAUGGGUGUGUUCGGUCUCUUCAAUUGGUCCCGCGUUCUCUAUCUUCGGUUGCUAGGCGCUCAGGUUGGGAAGAACGUAACGGUGCAAAAGGGAGUCAUUGCUGGCGAGUGGGAUCUGAUCACGAUCGAAGACAAUGUCAUCCUGGAGCGAAGCAUUAUCCGGCCUUUUGCUGCAGAGAGGAACACUUCGAUGUAUUUGGGCAAGAUCCACAUUGGAGCGAAUGCUUCAAUUGGGCUUGCCUCAAUUGUCGCCGCUGGCACGUCUGUUCCGGCUGGAGCUUGUAUGGGUCCAAACUCAUCAUCAUGGGAGACCGAAGCCUUCGACGAGGCUAACCGUGAUCUUGCGUCGAGCCGAAUCAAGGGGACCCAUUGGACGCUCGAGUACAUAUUGGGACUACCACUUGGCUUCAUCUGUACUUUCUGCGGCGCUGUGCCAUGGCUCGCCUGUCUGCUGGCACUUGUGAAACGGAAGCCGACUCCGAGUCCAGAUAUGUUCCAUUCGACGAUCCUCUGGUUUGCUUCUAAAAACCGGGUUGGCUACCACUACUUGGCCCUAGCGGCCAACGUUGCACUUGGUCCCAUGUUCUUCUUCGCCGCGGUCUUAGCAUUCAAGAAGAUGUUCGAUCUCUGCCUCGGCAAGGUGAAGCCAACGAGCGAGGAACGUAGCCAGAUUGAUAAGUUCAGGAUGGGAUGGAUCCGAAUGGUCAUGCCGUCGGCUCGAUUUCAUAAGCUCACUGAGCUAUUCGGCACCCAUUACAAUGCGACCUCGCACUUUGCGAGGGCCAUGGGCGCCAAGGUCGGCAACAGGGUAUACUGGCCAGGUACUGGUCCAUCGAUCCAGGACUUCGACCUGCUCGACAUUGGUGAUGAUGUUGUCUUUGGCUCCCGCUCACAUCUAGUGACUUCGGAUGGCAGCGGUAGUGACUAUGUUCGCAUCAAAGCCCGUGCCAUGGUGGCAGAUCGUGUUGUUCUCCUUCCAGGUGUUGAGCUAGGAGAGCAGACAGUGAUGGGAAGUGGAGCGCUUACGAAGCGCAAUACUCGAUAUGCCGACGCCACCACAUGGGUCGGUGCGAAGAAAGGUGAAGCGAUCUGCCUCACUGCCGAUGCUUCCUCUGCUACGCCACCGAAGCUAGAAACUCCUUUCAACGACAAGCAGAGCCCCUUCUCCAACACCUCCGAGGAAGAGUCGACACCUUUUGGACGGGCAUUUUACGAGGGUAAGGCAUCGUAUCGGGUCUGGAGCCAGUUCGAGAUCUACUUGUACUCCACUGCCAUCAGCGUCAUCAACGGUGUUUACUGGAAUGUGGGCUCAGUGUCUGCGGUCCAGGUUGUUGCGCGCUUGUAUGAAGAGCAUAACUCCGUGGCCCUAAACUUUCUGGGCAAGACCUCCUAUCGCCCAAUCGCGAUUUACGUCUUCUUCCUGGCGCUCAUUAUGGGUAUCAUGGCUCUGCAAAGUAUUAUCGUUAUUGCUGCCACGAUCGCUGCAAAAUGGAUUCUCAUGGGCCGUAGGAAGCCUGGAAAUUACGACUGGGACAAGUCUUCGUACUGCCAGCGUUGGCAACUCUUCCUGAAGCUCGAGACUUUCCGGAGACACUGCUACGGCAGCCAGGGCAUCCUCGGUCUUCUGACUGGUACUCAGUGGAUCACAAUGUAUUUCCGCGCUCUGGGUGCAGAUAUUGGCAAGGACUGCGCUCUGUUCGCCGGUGGUCUACCAUCUCUGAUGUUCACUGAACCAGACUUGAUUACCCUUGGCGACCGCGUCGCUCUUGACGACUGUUCUGUCGUUGGCCAUAUCAAUACGCGAGGCAGAUUCGACCUCAAUCCGCUGUCCAUUGGCGCGAGGUCUGUGCUGCGCAGCGGAUCGCGUCUCCUAUCUGGUGCCAGAAUGGAAGAGGAUUCGUGCUUACUUGAGCAUACUCUCAUCAUGGCUGGAGAUGUGGUUGAGGGCGGCACGACAAGCCAAGGUUGGCCAGCAGAUGAUUUUACCGCGAGUCGCAUGCCCACGAUGGAGACAGCUCGACAUUGGCAAGUGAAGGCGGCAUAG